UGGAAGGUCGAGAACCCUAAAUCCCCAAAUCCGCCUGCUGCAUUUCCACCGUUCCACUCCAAUGGCGCCGCCGGGCUGCAUCCAAGCCGCACCGCCGGAGCAGCCGGCGCUCCAGGACGAGCUCCUCGAGGAAAUCCUCCUCCGCCUGGCGGCGCCCGCCGACCUCGCCCGCGCCUCGACGGCCUGCCCUACCCUGCGCCGCGUCAUCACCGACCACUCCUUCCUCCGCCUCUUCCGCACUCUCCACCCGCCGCCUCUCCUGGGCAUAAUUUCCGCUAGCUUUCGCCCGGCCCAGCAUCCCCAUCCCUCCGCCGCCGCCGCCCGCGCCUUGGCCGCCGCGGAGGUCGAUUUCCGGUGCUCCUUCCUCCCCUCCGUCGAGCGUUGGCGCCGCCGCGACUUCCGUGACGGACGCGCACUCUUCUCCGGCGUCCCCGAGGGAAGCAGCUACGCUCCCGGCGAUUACAAGCGCGGCGACUUCGCCAGGGAGUUCGCUGUCUGCGACCCCCUGUACCGGCGCUACAUUCUGCUACCUGCCAUUCCCGACGAACUAGCCAUGCUGGUUCAUCAACCGGACAUCCUGAACUUCGAGCCCUUCCUUGCUCCUCCCGGUGAUGAUGAAGACGCCGCUUCAUUCAGAGUGAUGUGCCUGGCGCAGUGCACAACCAAGCUGGUCCUCUUCGGCUUCUCUUCGGGUGCCGGCGGAUGGCGUGCUGUUACCUUUGACGGCUGGAUCACUUUGAUGACAAGUCCUGGCUACCAGCCUCCAGCCUCUCACUUGACAUGGGCCUCAGGGCGCUACUAUGCGCACAAAUGCUUCUGUUGGGCUGUUUAUCCGUCCGACAGGUUGCUCAUGCUUGACACGCGCACGAUGGAGUUCUCUGCUGUCGACCUCCCAUGUCAACAUGUCCCUGGCCAAAUGAUCCCAAUAAUGGCUUGUCAACGUGUCCCUGGCCAAAUGAUCCCAAUAAUGGCUUUUGUAGAGGCAGGGGAAGGAAGGCUUGGGAUGUUUACUCUCGUGAGUCGAAUUGAUAAUGACAAGUAUUACCUCCACUAUACCAAGUUGCAAAAAGAUGGAGAUGGUGCAAACAAGUGGCAAUCGGUGGCGGUAAUCUCCUUGCCCUUGCGUUAUCGAUAUACAAUCAUGGGUGUAGCUGGGGGAUACUUACUCCUGCAAGGGAUUCCAGAAGACCUGCAUUCGGCCCCUUUGCCGGAAUGGCCAGAUUUGGACUGUUUUUCACUGAAUCUCCAGACAUUGCAGCUUGAGUGGUUCUGUGCAAAUAAGCACAUGAUUGUGAGUGCCCCUCUAUAUGCCGGUUUACCACCAUCCUUGACUCCACCAACUGUUUGAAGUGCUGACAUAUCAUGAUUGACCCCUCUUUCAACGUCGCGAAUGCCCUAGCCCAACCCACCUCUAGCGUUGACUUAAACAUGGGCAAUUGAGGCAUGCACUACAGCAGAAACACCAUCAAGUCUAAGGGAAAGCAUCAAUAUUAGUGUAAACUCCCAUGUUAUGCCUGAAAAGAUGAUGCAAAGUGCCAGUUUUGUUAAAAGGUGCUGCUUGCUGCCGCUAAUGACAUUUUGUGUGGUGUCUUAUGCUUGCUGCCAGUUUAUGUAAUGUUGGGCUCAUAUAUUUGCCAAUUAGUGUAAUGUAAUGUUGACUAAGGAUACCUUGUACUAAUGAUUGUAAUGUAGAUGCAAACGAUAAUAUAAGAUUUGAGUAUAUUUAAGGAUGUCAUCAUAGAAUUAGGUUGACUAAGAACUAAACAUCUUUUUUCCAUGA